AUGGAAAACAAUAAUAUUGUGAAAUGCAACCAGUGCAACGUGGUUAUCAACGAGUUGUUGUGUUUUAUCCAACAUAAAAUUGAUGUUAUGGAUAAUUUUAGCCUGAUCCAAAUUUGUAAAAGUGCAUUCUCGGAAGAUGUCAUAAGAAGUGCUAAAAACUUAUUGUUUCAAGCUGUACCGAACAUUAAGCAUGCAAUAAGCAAAAAUAAGGCAGGCAGGGAGCUCGAGGAUAUCAUAGAUCUUCUUAAAGUAACGGACCCUGACAUUGUUCCUGUUUUUGUUGCGAGAAACCUUCAUGUUCUCCCACCAAUAUCUUGGGAUCAUGUGGAUGUUUGCAGUCUGCUAAAAAUAAUUCUGAUAUUGGAAUCUGAGGUAAGCACUGUAAAGAAAAAUUAUGCAACUACAAAAUUUGUGGAGGAAAUGUAUGGGACCCGAGAUACACAACCAAUGGAUCAAACAAUAAUUGAAAGUGGUGAUUGCAAAGUAAAUCGCUGCAGAGGAGUGUACGUACUAGAAGAAAGCUCAUAUUUAGAAAUAUGUGAUAGAAAUAUUAAUAAGCCACAAUCGUCAAGUUCACCGAACUCGGGGUCAACAACCGGUGCGCCCGCGUCAUCUAGUAGGAUGCAAAAAACGUUUCAAGGACACCCAGUCUCAAUAACAUCAUGCGCGCCCGUUUGCGCUAAUGAGAAGUCUGCUAAAUCCGUCUCGCUCGCACAGCUGCCUGAGCAAGCGCGGGCGCAAUACGUGGAGGCUCGCAACUGCACAACCGCGGUUUCGACGUUAGAAACCCAGGUAAAUGAGGCCAACAGGCGCGUGCAAGAGCCCGCGCUGCGAGACAGCGAUACGGACGAACAUGCGAGUGCGACUGAGAUAGCGAGAACCUGGGUCGAUGUGGCAAAGGAAGGCGAAUGGAAGGAAGUUGUUAAUAAGAGAAGAUUAUACAACAAAAACCGUUUCAUUGGGAUUAAAGGGAAAGCGAUGCGACUGUCUGAAUGUAAAUUUAAAGCUGCGGAAAUAAAAAUCCCAUUUUAUAUUUACAACGUACACAAAGACGCAUCACCUCAGGACAUAAAUGAAUACGUUUUUGCUAGGACAAACGUUGAAAUAACACCAGAAAAAAUGAUAAUGAAACAAGCUAAGGGCUACGAGGCUUAUAAAUUCCUAAUACCUAAAGAUAAGUUAUGUGUGUUCAUGGAUGAAAACCUAUGGCCGGACGGAGUUUCAUUCAGGCAAUUUGUGACAAUUAGCAACUACAAAGGACAGACACUGAAAACUGGAAUUAAUAUUAAUCGAAACAUUUAA